UUCUCUAUACUGAAUGAGAUACCCUAGCACGUAUUUGGAUACAUCUUUUCCCAGAGAUCAAUCAGAGGCGUUUAUUCUCACAGCAUUUGGAAAUCACCAGUUAUUCUUGUCAAAUACUAUAAACGCCCUUUUCGUGCAUUAGACUUAUUGGAAGCGAUUGGAAUAAUCAAACCGAGAAAGGCCCAGUCUGACAUCAGAUUAAUACCAUGAGGACAAAGAUGCCUCUUUGUGUUUUCAACAUCGCAUCGGUUCUUGUUUUCUUACAUGUUUUGCAUGUGUGUCCUGUGACUGCAUUUUCAGUCGACGACUGCAUGCCAAAUCAACAAAACAAUGUCGUCCACGUAACCGAAGCCCAAAUAAGCCCAUCACGCAUUGUCGCCCCAGGCAGUGUUUUGGCGAAUGUGAACUUAGAUAUUCUUCAAAAUAUCACCAGUGAUCUCGAACUGUCUGUGAUCGUCAGGAGAAAAGUGUGGUUCGUCUGGAUAACCGUGAUCAGGAGUACUCACAACUUGUGUGGUGUUCUGGACACGGAGUUCCUGGAAGUUGACGGAACAACAACCUGCCCGCCCCAGCUUUCUAAUGCUAGAAUACCUUGUCGGUGUCCCUUCGCACGAGGUAGAUACAGCCUACCAUGGUCCUCCUUCGACGUCAUCAAGCCAGCACGUAUUCUUUAUGGGCGGUAUUGGGUAAAAGCACGUUUGAGGGAUCCGAACACCGGCGUGUGGAAGGCGUGUUAUAUCGUGAACUUUGAUCUUUCACGGAACUAAUUUGAAUGCACCCUUGAUUCUUUAUCUUUAGUUCUAUUCCUAUAAUAUUCUGCAAGCAAGAUUUGUUUCUCACAAUAAAAUGAUGAU